AUGUCACAAUAUGCGAAAGAGACGGUAGCCAAGCUGCAGGAAAUCCUCAAGGCUCGUUCAUUACCGACGUCUGGCAAGAAGGCAGAUCUUGUUGCACGAUUACAGGAGGCCGAUCAAGCGGCUGAAGUCAAUGAGGCUGACGCUGCACCUCCAGCGCCGUCAACAUCCGCUCCACCUGCACAGACGCCGGCAACGAUCGAGCAAGAAGCCGCACCCGAGACCGAAGCGACCGAUGCGCCCGAAGCUGCGCCUACUGAGGACCCAGUAGAUGCGACAGAGGCCGCGCCGCAACCUGACUACUCCCUACAUCUGCAAGCGAGUACACUCGACGCUGAACUUGAGAAGCGUAAAGCCCGUGCUGCGCGUUUCGGGACAGGCAACAACGAUGCGUCGGAGACGCCAGCCGAGGCCGGUGACACAGAUCAAGAAAAGGCCCUAGCCAGAGCGCAGAGAUUUGGUCUCUCAGCUUCAGAGACGACGACCAUUGGAAAGUUGGAUGGUGCGCUGUCAACAGAGAAUGCCAAAGGCCGGAGACGUGGGCCGAAGGAGGGAGCACAGAGCAAUGGAAAUGCUGCGUUCGAUGAUCCAGGUCUGAUACGUCGAGGUGGGCGCGGUGGAAGAUUUGGAGGGCGUGGUCGAAACAGGCGCGAGGGUAGUGCCGGUGCGAGACCUACCGGUGUCGAGAAACGAGGCGGCGGCGGCGGCGGCUACAGCGAUGCAGAUCGCAAGGCGGCAGAAGCGCGGAAAGCCCGUUUCGCUCAGAGCUGA